UCAUUUCUGCUGAGCAGCUGGCCAGAUGUUGGACGCGGAGCUGCUGUCGCUGACCUCGGUGCUGAACACGACGUCAGAUGAACCUGCGCUCACCACAGGAGACACGAUACAGCCUCACUCCCUCUUUGAUUUAUUGAAGCUACUCCAAACACUCACAUCUGAACUUAGAGUUAUUUUGUAAUUUUUAUCAUUCAUACUCUCCUUUUUUUUUUUUUUGGUUUGAUGCGGACACAGAUCCACAACCCUCUAAGACGCUGGCUAUCAGUUUCACUCCUUUUCGUUUUCGUCGUGAUGGCACUUGGCGCGGCUACUGUACGCCAGGCAGGAGACGAGUUGGUGGUGGAUGAAGGCGCACAGCUCGUUUGAUUCCCCGUCUUUACGCGAAGCCGCUGCAGUCGGCCAUCCUGCGCCGUAACAUGACGACUAAGCAGUAAAAUAAUAUUGAGAAAUAGGCCUACACAUAGAAACUGGAUAUGGAGUCAGUGAAGACGAGAGCCACGGCGGGGGUGAAGGAAUUUGCGGGGAAGGCCCUGGGUCAAAUGCACAGGGUGAUAGAGAGGAGACAGAAAACCGGGGACGUGAUCGAGCUGACGGAGGAUGGGCGGCCCCGGGAGGUCGCGGAGAAGAAACCCCCGCUGUGCGACUGCAAGUGCUUCGGUCUGCCCCGCCGCUACAUCAUCGCCAUCCUGAGCGGCCUGGGCUUCUGCAUCUCCUUCGGUAUCCGGUGUAACCUGGGCGUGGCCAUAGUGGGCAUGGUCAACAACAGCACGAUCCACCAGAACGGCAAGAUCAUCGUCAAAGAGAAAGCCAAGUUCAACUGGGAUCCAGAGACGGUGGGACUGAUUCACGGAUCUUUUUUCUGGGGUUACAUCGUGACACAAAUCCCGGGAGGAUACAUAUCCUCCAGGCUGGCAGCAAACAGGGUAUUUGGUGCAGCCAUUGUCCUGACCUCGAUUCUCAACAUGUUCAUUCCCUCGGCUGCCCGAGUCCAUUAUGGGUGUGUCAUUUUUGUCAGGAUAUUACAAGGGCUGGUGGAGGGAGUGACCUACCCGGCCUGUCAUGGUAUCUGGAGUAAGUGGGCUCCUCCGCUGGAAAGGAGUCGUCUGGCCACCAUCUCAUUCUGUGGCUCUUAUGCUGGUGCUGUGAUAGCAAUGCCUCUGGCUGGGAUCCUGGUUCAGUACUCAGGCUGGUCCUCAGUGUUCUAUGUCUAUGGAUUCGUCGGCAUCUUCUGGUAUAUGUUCUGGGUCCUUGUGUCUUAUGAGAGCCCUGCUGAACAUCCUACCAUCACUGAUGAGGAACGCUGCUACAUUGAGGAGAGCAUCGGAGAGAGUGCCAAGCUAAUGGGUCCUUCAGAGAAAUUCAAGACCCCCUGGAAAAAGUUCUUCACAUCUAUGCCUGUCUAUGCAAUCAUCGUGGCCAACUUCUGCAGGAGCUGGACCUUUUACCUGCUGCUGAUUAGCCAGCCUGCGUACUUUGAGGAAGUGUUUGGCUUUGAGAUAAGCAAGGUCGGCAUGCUGUCUGCCCUGCCCCAUUUGGUGAUGACCAUCAUUGUGCCCAUCGGAGGCCAGCUGGCUGACUACCUACGCAGCAAGAACAUCAUGACAACUACCAAUGUCAGGAAAAUCAUGAACUGUGGAGGAUUUGGCAUGGAGGCCACAUUGCUGCUGGUGGUAGGAUAUUCCCACAGCAAAGGGGUGGCCAUAUCCUUCCUAGUGCUGGCAGUGGGCUUCAGUGGAUUUGCUAUAUCAGGCUUUAAUGUCAAUCACCUGGACAUCGCUCCACGCUAUGCCAGUAUCCUAAUGGGCAUCUCCAAUGGUGUGGGUACCCUCUCUGGGAUGGUGUGCCCACUGAUUGUUGGCACUAUGACAAAGAACAAGACUCGGGAAGAGUGGCAGUAUGUGUUCCUGAUUGCCUCCAUGGUGCAUUAUGGGGGUGUGAUCUUCUAUGGGAUCUUUGCGUCGGGAGAAAAGCAGCCGUGGGCCGACCCAGAACUGACCAGUGAGGAGAAGUGUGGCUUCAUAGAUGAGGACGAGCUGGCAGAAGAGACGGGCGACAUCACUCAAAGUUACGGCGCCUUUGGAGGUCCGGCUAAGUCGUAUGGUGCAACCACACAGGUGAAUGGAGGCUGGGCUGCAGGCUGGGAGAAGACGGAGGAGUACGUCCAGGAAGAAGCACAGGGAGGAGGCUACGGAUACAGGCAGGAUGAGGGAUACUCCUAGACCAAACACACAUUCACCGACACAUGAGUAGACUUGUUUUCCUGAGUGUGCAUCAGUUUAGUCAUAAAAAAUAUCAAAUAACAAAUGAGAAACAAGAAAAACUACAAUCCAUUGUUGUAUUGUUUGCACAAAUUCUAAAAGUAAAUCUAAAAAAAGUAUCAACUUAAUGUAAAAAUUACUAAAAUGUAUAAAACAUUUCAAGAUAUUCGAUUAAUAGAGGUGUAACACAUAUCAAAUUGGCAGUCUGUACAUGUAUUAUUAUGCAUAUUGAUAAUAGAUAUAUUUAUUUGGAGUGCAAUUGUGUGUAAAUGUGAACAUUUUCAUUCCAUCAGCCGAGGCUUCCUGACAACACUGAAGCCUGUAGGGUUACAUAGAAGCUGCCCAUCCGAACCGACCCCUUAUUUAUUAAAUUAACGUCCUACAAGCCAGCCAUUACAGUGUAUAAAUAUGUCACUGCACAGCAUUGUAAACUGAAACUAGACACUCUGUUGAUAUAGAUUGUACCGUAUCUCUCCUGAAUGCACUCAGAGUAGUGUGUCCUUUUAAUGCACAGUAUGAUGAUUUUUGUUUUCUCAUCACCGGCUUCUGUGUGUGUAAAAGUCCUUAACAUGUAAGUGACCUGGUGUAGAGAUUUAAAGACGUGGCAUAGACUUGUGAUGACUGUUUGGUUCCACUUGCAUAAAAGGUAAAAAUGUAUGUCAAAUCUUCGCUACAUGUGAUCCAUUUUGUAACUCGAUACCUCUGCAGCUGAGCGUUUGAUUUUAGCUUUUAGCAACUCGUCACAUCUCUGCAGUGUAGUGCAGGAGUAAAGCCAUUCUCAUUAUCAUACUACUAUACAAGCCACUAAAAGUCUAGUUGUACCAAUGCAUUGUUGGAAGAUUUGUCUUAAAUAAAGCAUAUAUGACAUAAAACAGAGAUAACUACAGAGUAAAGAUGUUUAAGAGUUUAUAGACAAAAUUUAGGCAUUGUUAGACCAAGAGAUUCAUUGUCGUACACGACCAUGUGAAGGGUUUGUGCAAUGCAAAGACUAGCCAAAAUCAGUAUAAGAGUCUUAUUAUAUUGUUGCAGCAAACCUAAUAAUGUUUAAUGAGUGAGAAAAAAAUUAAUAUUUAAAAUAGUGUGAAAUACAUGAUCAAAGGGAUAUGUGAGUCAUUUUUUAUGCUAAAGCCCUGAAAACGAAGUAUUUCUCUAUAACAUCAAAUAUUUAUGAGUUAAAAAACAACAAUCAAAAUUUUAAAAAGCCUCUUUACGUAUUUUUUGUUAACAUUUAAAAACUCUGCUUCAUCAGGACUGUGGUUUGGUCAGAUUUGAUUGACAGGUAUCAAACUACUGUCAGCUGAUUCUGAUUCAAAUGUUGCCUAACUCUGAUUGAUGCACAGAAAUACGUAAUAUCACCUUUUUCCAGCUGAGCCCCGCCCACUUCAAACCAGUGAAAAGAGCACAGAAAAAGAAGAAAUGCAGGAAUCUGUCAUGUCAAAUAACCAAACCUGUGCUGACUUUAGCAGAAAUUUGAGUGUUCAUUUGGGAUCCCAUUGUGGGAGAAGCUGAUUGAGAAAAUAUGUUUUCAGGGCCUUUAAAACUAAUGGGAGAGGAGUUUAAAAUGUCAAAUGACAUCACAGAAGUUGAAGUGAACAUUCCCAAACAAGUAUUUUAAUGUUUACAUAUAUCUAUACUUUGCAUUCUCCAAAACAGAUUUCUAUUUACAAUUACAGUGACAAAACAGCAGGAGGGGCAAUCACAUUUGUGUGCAAUUUGGACAAAUGACCAUUUGUCCAUUUCCUUUACAGAAUGGAAGUGAGAUGAGAUAUUUUAUGAAUUAAUGUAUAAUGUAAUGACAUGUCUUUACCUAUGGGAGUCUGGUAAUGAAAUGUGUUUUAAGCUCCCGAAUAGAAAGAACAAGCAAAGCACCUCCAGAAUUGGUUUUGUCCUCAUUCUGCACUUAUACUGACAAGGUCUGAAGGGGGCCAAUUUUGUUUGUCACUUGUCUCUGGAGACCUUAAGUCAGCAUUUCACAAUAUAGAUGUGUGUGGAUGUGUAUUUAUGCAUGGAACAAAGUGAAAUUUGUAGUAUGUCCUUUUUUUUUUUGGUUUCCUUUUCUUUCAAACUUAUUUGUCUUUGUCUCAGAAACUGUUACUGAUGCUUCAAUUUCUUUGCACAAUCAACCAAAGGUGAAGAGCAGAGCUGGGUUUUAGCUGGAAGUCGAACAUUUUUAAGGCAGUACAGACCAUCAGCAGCGAGGUUCCAGCGUAUGGACCCCCAGAGUGCAGGUGGCACCAAAACAUUACUCAGUGUACAAAGCAAUAAAUCCAUAGUAACAGUUCUGGUCAAAUGUCAUGAACAGUCAUUAUGUAACUGUUUUUUAUGCAUUUGCUUAAAAGUCUGUUUUUGUGAUAACAACUGUAGAAAAAAAAACAAUUGUAAAAAACAAAACAUGGAAAUAUAUGUAUUAAAAUAUAGUAAUAGUCCAACACAAACGUCUUUGACAACAAGGAAGUGCAAGGAGUUUGUGACAGGGCUGCUCACCAGAUGAGAAUGAUAAAACGAGCUCCGUCUGAGAAGCGGACGCUCUUUCUCUUCAUGUUUUUGUUUUUGUUUUGAUGUGGUCCACUUGGGACUGUGUGCUGUUGUCCCAGCCCCACCCUCUCUUUCCUCAGUGUUUAGUUUGAUUAAUGUUCUUCAUUCAUGGCUGGACCCUUGUUGCCCUACUUAACCACAUGUACCUCCUCCUUACCCUGUAAAACCCUGAUUUCAUUGUCACAAUAUUCAUCGACAUUAAGGAUGAAACCUAAGUGACCUAAGGUGAUUCUACAUUUUCAAAAAUGACAAAUGUGCAACCUGAAGUAGUAAAAAGUUUCCUGUUUUUGUGCCUCUGAAGUUACAGUGUGAUUGUAUGGCUUCUGUUGCUUUGUAAAUUGAGAGGUUUGUUGAUGUCUAAAUGAAAUACUCUAUAUCCUGUUUUGAUAAAAAAGCAAACAAA